UAUAUAUAUAUAUAUAUAUGUGUGCAUUGCUCAUUCUCCUGACUCACGCUCACCUCCACACAAACGCAAAUAUACCGUCCUCAUUAUUACACUCGUCGAUCGAGAGCAAUCGCAAAAAGUGCUGAUUAUGUGCAGCAGUUAUGCGAGCGAAAAGCAGGAACGUUACUUCUUCUACAACAGUCUGGCCAUCCUCUUGAAAGCUGUCGAGGGCGAGCGCACUUCGGUCGACCUGCGAAACGAGGCUUCCAUUUACGGCACCGUCGAGCAAGCUGAUGGCUACAUGAACAUUGUUAUGAAGGAUUGCAUAUUCACGGAUCCUCGAGGUGACAGUUUCAAGUACGAGAUAUUUUUCGUCCAGGCGCGAAACAUCCGAUACGUGCACAUACCCCCGCACGUGAGUAUUAUUAUGUAAAUCGAAGGAUCUUUAUCUCGACCGUCUACGAAUUUGAUUGGCACUUUCGAUUUGCUACUGAUAACGACGUACCUGUCGACGUGUCUCCUCAAAGGCAAAGCUGUCUUUAGAUUCGCCAACGUUAUUCAUUGCUAUCAAGUUCGUUGAGAAUAUAAUGUGAGGAUGUUUAGUUGUUGAAAUAUUCCACAACGCACUAUGCUGAAAAGCUUACUGUCACCAAAAACUUGUGGCAGUCAUUCGAUCUUCUGGAGAUUCCGAUUACCUGUGACAGAGCAAAAACUUAGAAGAGUUGAACUUUGCAAUUUUUCAAUUGAGAAAUAUCAGUCUCACAGCAAGUUUUCUACCAGCUGUCCUCGAUCCAUUCAGAGAGCCAUGGGUGAGUUCAGGUUUAGUGACUAUGACUGCAUAGGUUUUGAUCUGGACAGUACUAUUCUUCAGUACAACAUGACAAACCUGAUAAAUCUUGGGUAUGAUGUAAUUGCUGAGUUUCUUGUCAAUAAAAAGGGAUACAAUCCAAAGCAUCUAAAAAAACCUUUGACUGAGAAGGAUUUGGACUUGAUGCAAAAGGGACUGUUCGUCGAUUUUGAAAGGGGAAAUAUUUUGAAACUCACACCCAAUGGAAAAAUUCACAAUGCAAGUCAUGGUUCAAGAUUUUUAAACGCAGAAGAGAUAGAGAGGUAUUAUCCCAAUAGAGAGUGGGAGCUUUGCACUAUAUUUAGCAAGGACCCAUUAGUCACAUGGAAUGGUCCACUUUCCAUGAAAAUAAGAACGUGGUUGUGCUGCUUUGACAUGCCAGCUGCAAUUGCGUUUGCUAGAGUGGUAGACACAUUAGAUGAAGAUAAUGGAAAACCUCUAGACAAAUAUGACUUUUUGUCUGAUUUCUUAGAUGCCUUUUCUGACAUGUAUGCCAGGGAACAGGUAAAGAACAAUGAUGGGAAUUUCUUUCCUGCAGUUAAAGAAAAUCCUGCUAAAUAUAUCCACAAGUGCAAGCCAGAAACUCUAGACUGGAUUCGAAGGAUCAAAGAGAAGAAGAAAACUUUCCUCAUAACUGGUUCCAAUUUGGAUUUUGUUGAAAUGACUACUAGCUAUGCUUUCGGUGAAAACUGGAAGUCUCUUUUUGAUAUAAUUGUCUGUUAUGCCAAAAAACCAGGAUUCUUUACAGAUAGCAGACCCUUUUAUUCUCUAAAAGAUUGCUACGAAGAUAAAGAGGUCACUAGUGAAGAACUUGAAGUGGGAAAAGUUUACAAUCAAGGAAACUGGAAAGAUUUGUUUCAAUUCUUUGUUCGUACUACUGGAGUGAGUAACCCACGUUGUCUUUACGUUGGUGACAAUUUGCUACAAGAUAUUUAUGCUCCCAGUAAAUAUUCAAACUGUGAUACCAUGGUUAUAUCAGAUGAGCAAUUAGCAGAAGGUAUGCUCCACCAUCACCUUGUUCAUUCAGAUGAAGAAAUGCUUACUUCCAAAGCAUGGGGCUCAUUUUUCUCAUUGAAAACUCCCAAUGGCGACAAGGAUUCAUUUUGGAAUAACAUCAUCAAAAAGCACUCAAAACUUUGCAUACCAGAAUUGGCAAUGAUCACCAACAAGCCUUUGGAUGAGCCUCUUAAAUGCUUUAUUCAAGAACAUGAUGACAGAGAACUUCAUGGUUUUCAUCCUGCCAAGCCUGUUACUGUGACUAAUUUAUAGAAUUUGAGUUGUCUUUAAUUCAGAGUUAUUUCUGAAAUAUAAUGUCACAUUAUAUAAGCUAGCGAUAAUUUAAAUUAUAUUUUAUUUGUUCUAAUUAUGCUUUUAAAACACUAAUUGUUACUUUUUAAAUUAAUCUCUUAAAUUUUAUUGUCUUCAAGAUACGAAUAAUACCAUCAAUCAAGGAACAGUUGCGAAAAUUGCCAUGUCUUCCUGUCAGAACAGGCUCCAAGCGAACAUUCAAAGAAAAGCGAGCGGAACAAAAUCAAGCUCAAGGAUUGGCAGCAGUAUCAAAAAUACUGGAUGAAAAAAUAACAAACCAACCUGAAGCUAGUACGAGUAACACAUAAGAAAAUAUCAAUAGUAUUUUUAUAACAAUAUGCCAAUUUAUUUUCAUACGAAUAAUAGUACUUACAUUGUAUAAAAAUAAUUAUCAUGUAAUAAUAUUGAAUAUAACAAAUUUUAUAAGUUGUUAGAUCGAAAUUUGAUUAUACAAUAUUGUAAACCAGUAUGCUAAGAUCAGUCAUGUAAAUAGUAUAAUUUAUAAAAGUUUGUUGUACAUAUAUACUGAAUCAUGAUACUGAGCAUUACUUUAUGUAAUAAAGUUUUGUACAAUAUAAAUA